AUGGAAAUAUUUGAUGCUCAGCAAGAUACCAAAUCAGAAGCUCAAACACCUCAUCAAGAGGAAGCAAUAACCGUCGCCACCAACCAGCAUCCGGUAUUCAGACCCGAAAACCGCUGGAAAUGGUGGCUUCUUGUGGCACUCAACAUCAUCUUCCUCCUCGCCGGUCAAUCAGCAGCCGUCCUUUUAACUAAAUUCUAUUUCAAUCAUGGCGGAAAAAGUAAAUGGUUGGCAUCUCUCACGCAAACCAUCGGUUUUCCUAUCCUUUAUCUCCCCCUCCUCUUUUUCCGCUCCGUUAACAUGUCUCCGAGCUCGUUGAAUAACAUAAGCCAUUGUCUGGUCUACUUUUCGCUCGGUUGUCUGCUUGCCAUAGAUGACCUAUUGUAUUCGAUAGGCGUCGAACCACUCUCUGUUACGACAUAUAGUCUCAUUUGCGCAAGCCAGUUGGUAUUCAACGCGAUCUUCUCAUUCAUUAUCAACUCUGAAAAGCUCACUAUCCUGAUACUUAACUCUAUAGUCUUCAUUACAAUAUCGGCUUCAAUGGUUGCGGUUCACUCCGACGCAUCCAAAGAUAAAAAUGGGAAACCUCCGGUACGAGAGCAAGAACGUAUCAUCGCGAUUUUAUCAACAAUUGGUGCUUCAGCAGGCUAUGCUUUAAUGCUUGCUCUAACCCAGUUCUCAUUUGAAAAAGUACUAAAAAAGGACACAUUCCGCGUCGUGUUCGAAAUGCAGAUUUACACUUCCAUCGUCGCCACUUGCAUUUGCGUGCUCGGGUUGUUUUUGAGUUUGGAAUUUAUGGAUUUAAAGUCCGAGAUGGAGAAAUUCGACAAAGGGAAGGCCAGUUACGUUGCGAGCUUGAUUGGAACAUCGUUGGCUUGGCAGCUUUGUACAGUGGGAGUUGUGGGAUUGGUCUAUUUGGUGUCCUCUUUGUUCUCAAACGUUGUUAGCAUGCUUAGUUUGCCAUUCGUUCCCAUUGUUGGAGUGCUGUUUUAUGGUGAAAAAAUGGAUGCAACUAAGGUAUUGGCAAUGUUGUUCACUCUUUGGGGCUUUGCUUCUUACAUCUACCAACAAUAUCUUGAUGAAAAUAGAUCAAAGGAAAACAAAUCUGAUCAAAUCGAAGAUUCUAGAUCCGAACUUAACUUAAUCGAUUCGGACGAUAUUCAGUAA